AUGUCGCGCGUAUACGUUGGUCGUCUGCCUCCGCGUUGUUCAGAGCGUGACGUUGAGCGUUUUUUCAAAGGAUACGGUCGUCUACGUGACAUUGUUUUGAAAAAUGGCUAUGGCUUCGUCGAAUUCGACGAUUACAAGGACGCGGACGAU